AAGUUCAUCAUGGCAGCCCACCAGCCGCUCGUAUCUGUUUCUCGCGCGGAGGACACACUAGGCGCGCAUUGUACAAUUUGAGAUGAUUGUAGCAGAGACAUGCAGGGAAUUUGUCUAUAAAUGUCCAUUAUGCAAACGUUGAUCAUUCACUGGCAAAAGCAUGUCGUCAUAGAUCGCAAUUAUUCAUGGUCGAUGCAGCUACGUCAGGAACGUGAGAGAACAAAGAAUAUUACAGCGUCAUUUAAAUCAGAGAUAACAUGUCUCUAAUUUGUUAUUCGAGAUUUUUAUCAUAACAAUCAGAGUGAUUACAUAGUCUAAUGAGUGAAGUAGCCUGUGGUGGUUGUCUUGUCAAGCAUCCCCCUCAUUUGUUUUGCAACUAUCGUUGGAAGAAGUGUCUUUUCAUCAAGUGUCAGAAUAAAUUUGGCAAUGGAUCAAAUUGUAACAGGAUGGAGGCGUUAUGUAAUGGUACAACCAUCUAUAAUGCUGAUGCUGAUUGCACAAUCAAUGUCAGGUACUAUUCUGACAGAUUUAAUAAUAUAUCGUACGUGCACUGUGACAUUAAGGAUAAACCAAACAGAAUGUCUGAUACUCCACAAUAAUGGCAGCAGUCCGGAAGCCUUGAAAAUAAAUUUACAGGUACAACCACAUGUCAGCUUAAUAUUGAUGAGUAAGUCCUUCAUUGAAAGUAUCUUUCCCUCCUUUCUGUCUUUGUUCCUGGGACCAUGGAGCGACAAGUAUGGGAGAAAACCGCUUAUAUUGUCUGGAUACACAGGUAUAUCUUUAACCUAUCUUCUACUUUCUGUAAUGACUGGUUGGGACAUUGCACCCUGGUAUUUGUUACUAGCUUUUGUCCCUGCUGCACUCUUGGGUGGUCUGUGUGUAUUGGUAUUAGCAUCACUGUGUUACAUCACAGAUAUAACGAAUGAUAAUGAGCGAUCGUGGCAUUUGGCCUGGCUAGAUGCACUAAUAUCUCUUGGUUUACUAAUUGGUUUAUUUUCUGGGCCAGCAAUACUUGAAGCCUAUGGAUAUACUGCUGUGUUCGGCAUUGCAACUGUAUUAUGCAUUGCAGCAACAUUAUAUAUAUUAUUGUUUGUUCCGGAAACUAUACAAAAUCAUAGUACUGGUGCUAUUUGCAAGAUAUUUGAUUUUGUGCUUGUGAAAGAUCUUGUUCGUGCAUGCAUUAAGAAGAGAGAGGGAUUCAAUAGAUCGUUAGUUUGGAGCUGCAUAGUUUGUCUCACAUUACUUUUAAUCACCUUACAAGGGGAACUUACUAUAGGAUAUUUAUUUGCAAGUGCCCGACUUAGUUGGAAUGUAAAACAAUACUCCACUUAUGUAGGUGUGAGUGUUGUUUUAGGAAUAUUUGGCACGAUAUUGGGUAUCAAAUUGAUGCGGCAAUGUGCAGAACUUCCAGAGGCGAUAAUUGCCAUAAUAUCUGUCAUAUCAUCUCUUAGUAGUUCUUUAAUGCGUGCUUUUAUAUGGCAAUCUUGGCACAUGUAUUUGGCAACAAGUAUGGGAUCAUUUAGUGAUUUAUCUCGACCGAUGAUACGUGCUGUGUUAUCCAAAACUGUGCCUCUGCAAGAUAUGGGAAAGAUUUUUUCUCUGACUUCGUCUUUAGAGACUCUGUUGCCAUUCGCAGCAGCUUCUCUGUAUACCUUUUUGUACUCUCACUACAUGCCACCUGUAUAUCCUGUGCCAGUAUGGUUUUUAUCGGCAGCAUUUUAUAUUAUGACUAUUAUACUAUUGAUAAAUAUUCAGAUUAUGAUAAAACGCCAUAAUACAUGUUAUGUCUCAUUAAGAGAUAACAGUGAUUAGAAUCAGUGAUAAAUUUUAUCAGUCAGGAAUAUAAAUUAGUAAAUUAAUUAGAAAAGUUAGAAUAAUGAGAAUAUUUUAAUGAAUAUAUUUUUUUAUGCAUUUUAAUAUUUGAUUGAUUUAUAUCUUGUAACUAUAACUUUUGUAAUUAUAACUUUUAUGCUUGUGUAAAGCAUGGUUCUUACAAUGCUCAAAUUAUUACAAAGUUCCAUGCAAAUUUAUACUUUUGAAUUUCCCAUUACCAAGUAAUUUUCUUGUAUAUCAUGCAGGUAUCCAUUCGUAAUACGAUAAUCUAAUAUUAGAAAUAAAAUAAUUGUUUUAUAUUUUUUGUACUAUUAGUACAACUAUAAUAUAAUAAUAUAAUAGAGAAACUAGAGAGAGAAUAUGGAUGUAAUUAACUUGUUAUACAAUAGCCUAUUCAAUAUAAGCUGUUUUUAUA